AUGGACGAGACACAUCAACCAAGUUCUUCUGCCUUCCAGCAGCUACAGCAUGAACUACAAUUUGGCAGUCCGGAAACACCAGUGGAGCCUGCUCUGUCUGCUAGUAACGAGCUGCAUGGAACAUUGGCAUCAAAUGUGAGAGGAAACCAACAACCUACUUUCGGGCCAGGGGGAGAUGGUGCAUCAUCAUCACCGCCAUCAUCUGCUGCUAGUAAAGUGGAUUUAAAGAAUGAAGAAUUAUUCCCUUCCUUGCCCAAAGCGUCGGGAACGAAACCUCCAGCUUGGAUACCACCACCGCGUCCACCUCCAACUACCACUACUACCUCAUCAAAGGCUAAUGGGAGAUCAAGAGUACUACCACAGGAAAAGUUUGAUGUCGCUGCGAGUCUAUUGGCAACGAAUCGAAAGGCUACGCCAACUGAAGUCGCCAAAGCUACUGCAUCAAAGUAUUCGGGAGCAUCGAUAGACUGCCUCACAAAGAAAUCAGGAUUGUCAUUCACUGUGACUGCUAAAGCUGAUAUGUUGCCUCUCAUCAGAAGAGAGAUAUUAAGUGCUGUUUGUGCACAGGUCACUCAAACAUUUAUGGUGCCUCCUGCAGUACGACCUUUUAUUAUUGGUAAAGGUGGAUCCAACCUGCAUGCUUUGGUAACACGUACAAUGACCAAGAUCACUAUACCGCGGCAAGCUCCUGCUGAUGCAUCUCCAGAGGAGACUCAACAGCAAGAUGAAGAAGAUCAACCUGUAAUUAUAAUCGGUGAUCCAGAGGGUGUAGAGUUGGCUAAAAAGGAAAUUGAUGCUAUUGUUUCUGAGAGGACAAGCAAACAUGUUGGAAGAGUCAAUAUUGAUAGAGCAUAUCAACCAUUCGUAGCAGGUCCUGGUAAUGCAACAUUUGAAGAACUCCAAAACGAAUUUGGUGUUCGUAUUCAUAUGGCACCCAUCUUGGGCAAUGAAAAGGCUGCUGCUGAACCCAAAAAAGACAAAGAUGGCAAAGUCAACAAUCCAGAUGAGAUUGUCAUCAUUGGUGAACGAGAUGCUGUUCGUCAAAUUGAGGAGAGAUUGAAGCAGAUUCAUGAAGAUGUGAAACGACGAAUCAAAACGAGCUCGUUACAAGUAUCUAAGAAGCAACAUCGAUUUGUUAUUGGUCAACGAGGAUCAGGUCUGCAAGAGAUAUUCAAAGAAACCGGUUGCGCUGUGGAUGUGCCUCCUGCAUCAGAUCCAUCAGAGAUGAUUGCAGUGAGAGGGGCUGAAGAUCGGAUUGGAAAGGCCAUUCAAGCCGUUUAUGCUAGAGCCAACUCAACCAUCAUCGAAGAGGUUGAUAUACGGUCUCUCGUACCCAUAGGCACUGAUCCAAUCCAUCUUGUACGCCAAAUAUCCAUGAAGUAUCGAGACUUUUUGAAAGAACUAGAAACAGCCCAUUCCGCUUCCAUCAUCAAUACCACAUCACCGAGCAAUGGUCCAAUGUUUGAAAUACAUGCCAAGAGUAGAGCUGAUACAGAUGCUGCUAGAAAUCCCCUGAAGAAGUUGAUUUCCGAGCUAGGUCGCGAAUUAGUGUUUGUGCCUAUUACCAUACCUAGAGAAAUGCACAAGUAUGUAGUUGGUAAAGGUGGUGCAAAUAUUCAACGAUUACGUGCCAAUCCACAAUACUCGGGCUUGUUGGCAGAUGUCGUAGUGUCUAACGACGACAAGGAAUCAGACGAUGUAGUUAUAGUAGUUCGUCGUAAUCCUGCUUCCAAGAAUGCUGAAGCUGAAGCGAUAGCCAUGGCAACUCGGGUCAAGGACGACUUGGUUGUUCAAGCUACAGCUUUAGCGGAUUUGGCUACGCAUGUUUUAGAUGUUGAAGGUAAAUAUCACGGUCGUAUUAUUGGAGCUGGUGGUACUUCUCUCAAGUCUCUACUUGGACCAUAUGGGGAUCGUGUAGUCAUUCGAUUCCCUGAUGCUAAAACAGAAGACGCAUCUGUCAAUAAGCAUGCUAUUACCAUUCGUGGACCUAAAGGUGAUGUUCCCAAAGUCGUCGAAACUCUUCAAGCCAUGCUUGUCGAGUGGAAGCGAUUAGAAGCCUUGUCAUCCUUCAAGGAGGUCAUCACGGUCCCUGUAGGUACAGCUCAAAAGACUGUCGGAGCUAGUGGUAAUGCUAUCGGGUGGCUUGCUAAAGCUAUACGAGAAAAACUAGCUGAAGGUCCAGAAAAGGAUCGCAAAUCAGUAGAAGAUGCAGGUGCCUCUGCUGGUGGCUUUUUAAAUAUGAGAGUCGAAGUCUCUGAAUCUGCUAAAGGAGAUAUUAUUACUAUAUACGGGCCCAAAGUAGUAGUCACUAUGGCUAAGCCUCUUAUCGCCGAACGAGCUGUCGCUAUUGCAAACACUGUUACCUUGGCCGUUCAUAUAUUCGAUCUUAUAAAUGCAGAAGCUAAAACCCUGCUAGCUGGUCAAUCCGAUAUUUUAGACUUCAAGACUCGAAUGGUGCGUCGUGUCAUCGGACAGAGUCAACGGAACCUUAAAAAGCUUGAGGAUAGACAUAGUGUAUCCAUACAUUUAAAGUUGAAAAAGCCAGCUCCUAAGAAGUUGGAAGAGUCUACUCUGGAUGCUGAUAGCAGUCCGGUCGUAUCUGAUUCGAAUGAUGCUGCUUUUGAUGAUGGAUUUGCAGAUGGUGUUAUUGAAAUUAAGGGCAUGAAGAAGGAGGUUGAAAGCGCUAAAAAGGAGUUGGUAGAACUCACUGAAUAUGAGGUAUUGCAUUCGUACUCUAAAACCUUCCAUAUUCCACACAACGCUCUACCACACGUUGUUGGCAAAGGUGGUGGAAGAAUUGCCAGUCUUCGACAAACUUAUGAUGUACAGGUCGACAUUAUUGAAGAUCCGAGCACCAAACCACCAUCAACUCGUGUUACGAUCGAAGGAUCGCCCAAAAAUGUCGAAUUGGCACAUGCCAAAAUUUUGGAAACUGUCACUGAUACUGUAGCAGUUGAAACCUGCGCCUUCCCAUUACCUUCACACCUACACAAGCAUGUAAUCGGUCCUGGAGGGCAACGUAUAAAAGCCAUAGUAGAUGCUGCUGGUGGUCCAGAUAAAGCCAAGGUCCAAUUUCCAAAAAUGGGUGCCUUCGAAGGUGCCAAUGAAGUGGAAUUGAAAGGAUCCUCUGCCACAUUACAAAUAUUGAAGGAUGAAUUGCAAAAGGUUAUACAGGAGAUUGUCGGUGUAGCUGGUCUUGAUAGUCCAGACUCAGAUUCAAUUGGUGGCAAUGGAAUGACAAGCUUUACACCAAGUACUUCGAUAUCUGGUGAAUCGAUAGAACAGGUGAUUUCAAUCCCAAUUACUGAAGCACCACGAGUAAUAGGCAAGAAUGGUGAAACAGCUAUUGCUAUUAUGAAGAAGAAUAAUGUCACUAUCUAUAUUCUCCCCCCUCAAGGCAAUGAAGCUCAAGUGAGAAUAGUAGGUAAACGAGAUACCGACAUAGAAUCAGCCAAAGCUGAAGUCCUUUCCAAGCUACGAACUACUGUAACUAUAUCAUUACCCGCUCUUGUGAUGGAAGCCUUCCAAGCUGGUGGCCUCUCACGGGAUGUAUAUGUCGCAUCUAUCGCAGAACUUGCUAAACAGUUGAAAGCGAAUAUGGGCGUUACUGUUGAAUUGUCAAAUGGGUUGUCGAGGGGCAAGACUACCGAUGGUGGUGUAGUUGUUCGCGGUGGUGAAACUCUGCCAGCUGCUUUGAAAGAAGUACAAAAGCUUCUCAACGACAUAGGUCAGCAUGCUGCACAUAUGCCAAUCGACAACACUAUGAGACCUCAUGUUAUUGGUCGUGAAGGCCGAAACUUAGUACGCAUGCGUGCAGAGAGUGGUGCAUAUAUCGAGCUUCUCAAAGUCCCCAGUGAAGGGCGUAACAGUGUUACGCGUGAUGUAGUCGUCAUUAGAGGUACUCCAGAAUCAGUCGAAUUGGCGACCCAACUAGUCAAUGAUAUCCUCAAAGAUCAAGAGAAGAGGAGAUCCCAAUCAGUUACAGCUUCAUCAACACGUCAACCCACCUCAUUAACGUCAUUUGCAGCUCCUGCCAAUGGUACACCUGCUCGUAUAGAUGAUGAAACGAGUUCAGAAGGUGGAAUGUCGAUUGGUACUGGAUCUAUUGCAGAGGGAUCUGGUGUACCAGGAUGGUCUGGUCGUCCAGCAAUGCAGCAUCGAAGGCGUGUCAAUAAGCAUGACGAAUCCAACAAAAGUAACAAUAUUAGCCAGAACUCUGCCGCUGUCUUACCUGCAGCUGCUACCAUGACUCCACCAUCACGUAGUCAUUCCGAUACUCAAUGGCAAGAUGUCAAGUCGAGAAAAGCUAGGGCGGCACCAGCUGACGGUAAACAACCUAUACCAGGAACACCAACACCACAACCACCACAGCAACAACCAGUCCCGACUCAUAGUAUUAGUAGUAGUGUAGUUGAGUCUGUCACUGUACCCGAGACUGUGUCUGUCUCGUCACAACAACAAUCCAAUAGUGUUAGUGCCAGUAAGCCGAAAAAGGUGAAACAACAGCAAAAUCUACCACCCGGUGCGGCCCCACCUAAGCAACAUCAUCCUCAACCAGCAGUCACAGCACCAGCUGUUGUCACCCCACCGAUAUCUGUACCUGUAGAAACCGCUAAACCAACUACACCAGAAACGACGACAACACCAGAAAAGCCAGCGGAGGAUGAGUGGAGUACUGUCUCUUCAGUCCGCAAGUUCAAAGAUAAUCGAAAAAAGGCUGAAGCCGCAGCUACUCCAAGUGCAACUCCAUCAGUUGCCUCGAAUACUAGACCAGUUACUCCAGCACCAGCAGAUGCCACUCCUGCUACUGAUGCUUCUAGUGAAAGCGGUGCUGGAACAGCUGCUAAGAAACCAAAGAAGAAGAAAUCAAAGGCUGCAACGCAACUAAACGGUAGUAGUGAUUCAUGA